ACAUGCCUAACCCAAAGCUCCAGCAUUAGUAGUAGUAGUAGUUGGUAUAGUAUAUGGAUCUCUUGCAUUGUUAAAACUCAAAAAAGAAAAAGAAAAAGGUAACAGUUUAUAUAUACAGACCAUACAAGUGAUUAUGGAUAAAGGAACUACAGUUGCAGCUGCAAGAUCUCCCAUGCAGUUGAUGAUGGGAACUGAAUCUGUUGUGGAAUCAGAAGAGAACACAAGCACCCUUCGUGCAGCUGAAACCUUUUUGCGUCUUGUUUCCAUUGGUCUUUGUGUUUCAGCACUUACCCUCAUGCUUAAGAACUCUCAAGACAACGAAUAUGGCUCUGUUUCCUACACCGACUUUGGAGCUUUCAGGUAUUUGGUGCAUGCAAAUGGUAUUUGUGCAGGUUACUCACUACUUUCAGCUGUCAUUGUUGCUUUGCCACGUCCUUCCACUAUGCCUCGUGCUUGGACUUUCUUUUUGCUUGACCAGGUGCUAACCUACAUAGUUCUAGCCGCUGGAGCUGUGUCAACAGAGGUGCUGUACCUGGCUGAGAAUGGAGACACUGCAACAACAUGGAGCUCAGCUUGUGGUUCUUUUGGUAGAUUUUGUCAUAAGGUCACAACAUCAAUAGCUAUUACAUUUGUAGCAGUUGUUUGCUAUGUGGUGCUUUCCCUCAUUUCCUCUUACAAGCUAUUCAGCAAAUAUGAUGCACCAGCAAGCACCCCCACUACUACCAUUGAUGUUGCUGCUUUCCAUGGCUGACACAAAAUACUCUAUGCUUAAUGUGUGUGCCUGAUGUGCUACAAUUUAAUAACGUAAUUCUAUGUUUAUAUGAAGUCACUAUGGUUAGUAGUUAGGACUCAGAACAGACAUGCCCCAUUAAGUAUAAGUAUGUGUAACUUGAUCUCAUGGCUUUAACUGCUUGUCCUACUGAUUCUAAAAAAAACAAUAGAAGACAUUCACCCUUGUUUUCUGUGU